UGAACAGGUGUCAGAGGAGCCGUGGGUUUCUGGUCAGAGGAGAAGUCUGGACCUACAUGGAGUCCACCUUCCUCAAAGCUCCAGGUGGAGCAGGCGCCACAGCUGUCCAGCAGCCAGUGGUGGUGCCUCCUGGUGGUUUGCAGCCCCUUGCUGAGGUAGCAGAGCCUGCAGACCUGUGCAAGGUGAAGGGAGACAAGAGUCCACCUGGACACCCCGCAGGAGCAAGAGAUGGACAGGAGCUGCACUCGUUUGACAGCUCUCUGUCCUCCUCGGACAGCGAGGAUGAGGGUAUCGGCAAGAAAGAAAAGAAGAAGAAGCUGAAGAAGAAGAGGAAGAAGAAAGAUUCCAGCUCAUCAUCUUCAUCUUCCUCCAGUAGCUCUUCAGACAGUGACAGUGAGGAUGACAAGAAGAAGAAGAAGAAAAAGGAGAAGAAGAAGAAGAAGAAAAAGGAUGAGGAGAAAGAGUAUGUCUGGGAGAGUGUUGUCAUAUCUCAGGCUGGUCCCGAUGGCCAAAUGGAACAGCAGUGUGCAGAAGGCCUGAAGAUCAGCCAGGUUUUCAGCUCAUCAGAUGACGAAGAUGGUAAGAAGAAAAAGAAGAAGGAGAAGAAGGAGAAGAAGAAGAAGAAGAAGAAGAAGAAGAAGGAUUCGUCAUCUUCCUCAUCUGACAGUUCAUCCUCCGACAGUGAGGAUGAAAAGAAGAAGAAGAAGAAAAAGAAGAAGAAGAAGAAGGACUCCAGCUCCUCUUCUUCAUCAUCCUCUUCUGACAGCGAGGAUGACAAGAAGAAAAAAAAAAAGAAGAAAAAGGACAAGAAGAAGAAGAAAAAGAAAGACAAGAAAAAGGAUUCCAGCUCUUCAUCGUCAUCUUCUGACAGUGAUAAAGAUGAGAAGAAGAAGAAGAAGAAGAAGGACAAGAAGAAGAAGAAAAAGAAGAAGAAGGAUAAGAAAAAGGAUGAAGAGCAGAAUGAGAUCAGUACUGCAACUGCUCUUUCAGCAGCUGGUGGUGACAUUCCAGGACCAAGUGCUGAUGAGAAAAAAAAGAAAGAUGAAGAUGCUGACAAGGCCAAGAAAGAGCUUAAAGCAACAGGGGACGUCAAACUGUGCAAAAACUCUGCAUUGGCUGGGGGGGCACAGGCAUUCCCUGAUGGUACUGAGGAAGGCCACCUGAGCGAUGAUGAGGGAGAAGGAAGGGAGGAGAAGGAUAGGAAGAAGUUGAAGAAGAAGAAAAAGGACUCCUCCAGCUCCUCCUCUUCAUCUGAUAGCUCCUCCUCAGACAGCGAAGAUGACAAGAAGAAAAAGAAGGCGAAGAAGAAGAAGGAUAAGGAUUCCAGCUCUUCCUCCUCCUCUGAUAGUGAAGAUGACAAGAAGAAGAAGAAAAAGAAGAAGAAAAAGAAGAUGAAGAAGAAGGAUAAGGAUUCCAGCUCUUCCUCCUCCUCUGAUAGUGAAGAUGACAAGAAGAAGAAGAAGAAGAAGAAGAAGAAAAACAAGAAGAAAAAGAAGAAGUCUGGCUCUUCUGAUGAUAGCUCCUCUUCCUCCUCUUCCUCUGAUAGUGAUGAUGACAAGAAAAAGAAGAAAAAGAAAGAUAAGAAGAAGAAGAAAAAGAAGGAUUCUUCUUCGGACUCAUCCAGUGAUUCUUCUAGUGAUGAUGAUAAGAAGAAGAAAAAGAAGAAGAAAAAGGAUGAGAAGAAGAAAAAGAAAGACAAGAAAAAGGAUUCUUCUAGCAGUGAUGAUGACAAGAAGAAGAAAAAGAAGAAGAAAGACAAGAAGAAGGACUCAAGCUCUAGUUCAUCUGAGAGUUCCAGUGACAGCGACAAGGAAAAUAAAAAGGACAAGAAGAAGAAGAAAAAGGAAAGCCCUGUUGGCGAGCAAAGUGGCGAGCCAAAAAUGGAAGGUUCAGGCUCAGGUGGUGGCGGACUUUCCGCUCCCAGCGGCAGCAGCUCUAAGCCAGGUGGCGCUCCUGUCAUCUCCUACGUGCCACUCCCCUCCAAACCCAUCAUGAAGCUGGAUCAGCUGAGUCCUUCAGCUGUCUCCAAGCCCUCUGCCUCUGGCUCCUCACUGAGUAUGGGUGAUAGGCCCCCCAUUCGCAGACCUCCCAGCCCCAUGGAGUCCCUGAUGGGGAGCCCAAGGAGGUUUGGAGACGGAGGGACCCGUUCCACUACCCACCUCACCUCUAGUGACCUACUGAGAGGCCCCAAGCCUUACCAAAAUUGAGGUGUCAUAGAUCAAAAUAGAUGUUACUGAUAAAAAAAAGAAGCACGACUUGCAUGACAUCAGAGGAAGUUGCAUGUGAUGAGGAGAUCUGCUCUAAUGAUGCUCUCAGUGCCCUGAUUUUAUGCAAGAAAAAUAUGAUGACUCAUCAUGCAAAAUAAAAGCAGAUGUUUUUAUUGUGUGUUCUAACUUCUGGGUGCUGUAAUCAACCAGAAGGUUACUGGGUAAAGAUGCAUUGUGACAUGAUGAAACAUAAUGAUAAUGAUUUGAAAACGAAGAAAAAGCACAUUUGUGGGCAAAAAUGUCGACUCACAAUCACAUGAAAUAAUGUCAAAUGCUUGCUUUGUGGAAUAAAACAAUAUGAUUUUA